AUGCAGUCUCCUUCAAAAGAUGACACAGUUGAAGACAAAUCUCCUUCCGACGAUCAAACCGUUGCAGACAAAUCUUCUUCAGAAGCAGAUAAUACAGUUGAAGACAAAUCUCCUUCCGACGAUCAAACCGUUGCAGACAAAUCUUCUUCAGAAGCAGAUAAUACAGUUGAAGACAAAUCUCCUUCGGAAGAUGACACAGUCAAAGAAAAAUCUUCGUCAGAAACAGAUGACACCGUCGCUGAAAAAUCUCCUUCAAAAAAUGAUGACACUUCAAGCGACGAAGAGGUUGAUAUUGCAUUUAUCCCUGUCAUGGUGCAGCCGAACAACACACGAAACAUCAAUCGGCCCGAAAACCACUCACAAACACAGUCAGUUGAUGACGUAAGUAAAACGUCAGUUGACGUAAGUGAAACGUCAAGUUUCUCUCUUCUUCCUGAGUCAAGUUCAACACUAACCACAGACAGCACCUCAAAAUCUUCUUCAGAGUCCUCAAGAGAACAAAUACAAUCGGUGGCAUCACUUGAUCAGCCAAGUCCAGAAACGGAGAAGUCUACUUCUAGUCCAGAAACAGAGAAGUCUACUUCUAGUCCAGACACAGAGAAAUCUACUGACGUCAUGGACGCAUCAACAGAUGAACCCGACCUACUUCUUCGUCGCUCAAGAAGAAUCCGCAAACCAGUCGAAAGGCUGAUGUAUGACUAUCUUGGGCAGACGAAGUCACAUAGAAUAAGAAACGAAGACGAAGUACAGCUCCAGUCAAAACUACUAGAAAUUGUUAGCAAAAUGGAAGAGUCCUCAAAUGACUGCAAGAAGAAAAAUGGCCAGCAUGAGAUUUUUCCUACAGGAACAUAG